CCUCGCAAUAUGGCGACUCUCCGGAGAGAGUACGGAGUGUGGAAAGCUGCCCGCUUUUAAACAAGAGCAGCGCAUCGCUACAACUCGCACAAUGUGUUGGGGCUAACCUGCGCGACCCCUUCCCCGACGCUUGGAACAAUGUUCGCGGAGGCCAGUCUGUCCGUUUGGGGAUGGGGCGGUCUAGGAGUCGUGCUCUUCCUCAUCACGUUUGGACCCUUUGCCAUCUUUUAUCUGGCAUUUUAUAUCUUCUGUUUUGUUGGCGGGGGCUUUGCCGUCACCCUUUUAUUUGGAAAGACAAACUCAGAGAAACACCUAGAGAAGUGCGAACACUCCUAUCUGCCUCCCACACCAACUGGCAUAGCAAAGACUUUGGAUGAGCUGAAGCAGGAGAUAAAGCCAAUAAAGAUUGACCGGCGUCUGACAGGAUCCAACAUCAUUGAUGAGCCGCUGCAACAGGUGAUCCAGUUUGCCCUGAGGGACUAUAUCCAGUACUGGUAUUACACCCUCAGUGAGGAAGAGUCCUUCUUGCUGGAGAUCAGGCAGACAGUACAGAAUGCUCUCGUCCAGUUCUCCACACGGUCCAAAGAGGUGGACUGGCAGCCUUACUUCACCACCAGACUGGUGGACGAUUUCGCCACCCACCUCCGCAUCUUCAGAAAGGCCCAGGAGAGGCUGAACGAGAAAGACGACCCCAAACAACGUGAUGCCCCAGAGGAGCUGCUGGAUGCAUUCUUUGAGGCUGAGGUGGAGAUGGAGAGGAAGAUCUGCAGGGACAUGGUUUGUACCUCCCAUAAGGAUGAGGAAGGCUUUCUGCGGGAUCUGUGCGAGGUGCUGCUGUAUCUGUUACUACCUCCUGGAGAUUUCCACAACAAGAACAUGAGAUACUUCCUCAGGGAAAUUUUGGCGAGAGGAGUUCUGCUACCGCUGAUUAACCAACUGAGUGAUCCAGAUUAUAUCAAUCAGUUUGUCAUCUGGAUGCUCCGGGACUCCAGCUGCAACUAUGAAGCCUUCAUGAACAUCCUCAAGCUGACAGACAAGCCUGCUGAGCUGGAGGCCGUCAAGGACAAAGUGCUGGAGGAGCUCCAGUACCUGCGAUCGUUAGAUACUGCAGGAGACGAUAUCAAUGUGAUAAAGAAUCAAAUCAACAGUUUACUGUUUGUGAAAAAAGUCUGCGAAACUAGGAUACAAAGGCUACAAUCAGGGAAGGAAGUUGAUGCUUUGAAACUUGCUGCAAGUUUUGGGAAGCUGUGUAUAAUCCCAUUGGAUCAUAUCUUGGUGCACAACAUAGCUCUGCAGUUCUUUAUGGACUACAUGCAACAGAUGGGGGGCCAAGCAGACCUGUUCUUCUGGCUGACAGUAGAAGGUUACAGGGUGACCGCUCAGCAGCAGCUGGAGGUCAUGCAGAGCUGGCAGAAGGAUGGCAAGAAACAGAGUAGCCAGACGAAAGGCUUGCUGAAGGCAGCUGCGCUGGGCGUCUAUGAGCAGUACCUCUCUGAGAAGGCCUCACCGAGAGUGCAGGUGGACGAGGCCUCCCUGGAAAGACUGGCCGAAAAACUCAACAAAGAGGAUCCAACCCCAGAGAUAUUUGACGACAUUCAGAGAAAGGUGUAUGAUAUGAUGUUGAGGGAUGAGCGGUUCUACCCGUCCUUUAGGCAGCAUCCUCUGUACGUGCGCAUGCUGGCUGAGCUGGACAUGCUGAAGGAGCCGAGCUACCGGGGCUCAGACGACGGAGACGUAGAGUCCUUCAAUGGAUCUCCAACUGGAAGCAUCAAUUUGUCUUUGGAUGACCUCACCAGUGCCGCCACAGAUGAGUCCAUGCAACUACACGCAUUUAUCUCUGAUACUGUAGCUGAUGCUUCUCUAAACCAACUUCCUGUGCCAGGCGUGUGUAAUGAUCAUGGGAAGACCUACGCUCUCUACGCCAUCACUGUCUUCCGCAAGAACCCAGACGGCAGUGAGGACACGUGGAAGACCUACCGCCGUUACAGUGACUUCCACGACUUCCACAUGCGCAUCACUGAACAGUUUGAGAACCUGAAUUCUAUAUUAAAACUUCCUGGGAAAAAAACAUUCAACAACAUGGACAGGGACUUCCUGGAGAGGAGGAAAAAAGACCUCAAUGCUUAUUUGCAGCUACUUCUGAAUCCAGAGAUGGUGAAAGCCUGUCCUACUUUGGUGCCCUACGUCCAUGACUUCCUGGAGAACAAGGCCUACAGCAAGGGCAAAGGUGACUUUGCACGGAAGAUGGACACAUUUGUGAACCCUCUUCGUAGCUCCAUGCGUAACGUGUCGAACGCUGUGAAGUCACUUCCUGACAGUCUGGCUGAGGGAAUGACGAAAAUGUCUGACAACAUGGGGCGCAUGUCGGAGAGGCUGGGCCAGGAUAUCAAACAGUCCAUAUUUAAGGUGCCGCCCUUAAUUCCAAAGUCAGACAUUGAUCCUGAGCACUGCAGAGUGUCUGCCCAGCUGGAUGAUAAUGUGGAUGAUAACAUCCCACUGCGUGUGAUGCUGCUGCUGAUGGAUGAAGUGUUUGACCUGAAGGAGAGGAACCAGUGGCUCCGGAGAAACAUCAAGAAUCUUCUGCAACAGCUCAUUAGAGCCACCUAUGGUGACACCAUCAACAGGAAAAUUGUGGAUCAUGUAGACUUCAUGACAUCUCCUGAGCAAGUAGCUGACUACGUGAAGAGAUUUAGAGAUUCCUACUGGCCAAACGGAAUCCUGGCUGAGACUCCACCACGCAGAGACAAGAACAUCCGCAUGAGAACCAGAGUAGCAGCUAAGACUAUCCUCCUGGGAAUCAUGCCAGACGAGCUGAAGCACAUCAUUGGGGCAGACACCACGCGCAAGGGCAUCCUGCGGGUCUUCGACAUGUUCCAGCACCAGCAGCUGAACCGUCGUCUGGCCUACGUCUUCCUCGAGGGCUUCCUGGAGACCAUGUUCCCCCAGUACAAGUUCCCAGAGCUGUUCAUCAAGCUGCACUCGCGCUCACCGCGCAUGCGCACCUUCUCGCAGAAAGUCCGCAGCCUGCAGAAGAGGUGACAGAUCCCGGCUCAGCCACUAGGAUGCGCCACUCAUGGAACAGGAGGGACCGGCCCAUAGCGAGGCUGGAACAAGGGCCAGGCCAGGGGGAUGCGGUGUGGUGUGUAUGUGUUUGCGUGUGUGUGUGUGUGUGCGCGUAUUUCAGGAAUCUGCUUGGAUUGCACACCCCUGUCGUCGUCUCCUCCAGGCCCUCACCCAAAAUCUUCCCUGUUCUUAAUAGAAGCACUGUAUCAAUGCGGCUGUAGCAUAGAGGAUCCAUUUCUAGCAUUGUGGAGCGUUCAUUCAAACACGUUCACAUCUACCACUAAGAGACUGCAGUGCCUGGCCUGUAAGGUCAGCAUUCAGUAUUUUUUUUUGUUUGUUGUUUUUUUUUUUUUGUUUUCCUUUUUUGUUUCUUCUUCUGUUUUAAAUUUGGGAGAAAGUUGCAAUGUGGGAAGAUUCCCAGUGGCAGUUGGCAAAGAAGGUCAACCAUCCCUUCCACAGAUGUGUUGGCCAGAGCAUACUGUGUGAUUUUAAAGCAAGCUAAUAGAGAUUGGAAGGAGGGCAACUGACACCCCUUAAUAUGCUACACUUGCUACAAACUAAGGUAGCUAAGGUGAAGACGAAUCAUUUUAGGGUUUGGCAGGUGGGUUUUAAUUGCACCGUACGUCACCUUUUACCAAGUGAAACCAUUUAUAUGUAUGACUACGUGUUUAUAAACGAUUUAAUAACCAAAUAUAUUUGCAGCACUGAAAACACAAGGCUUCUGACGUUCACAGUUAUCUCGGUGAAAGCACGGAAGGCGAGGUUGAGAAUCCAGGAUGCAUGCCUGGUUUUCAAACGUAAUCCGUAACCAUAAUGAAAAAAGGGUAAUCCCAAGAGGAAGGCCGAGUCCGGUUUCAAAGAAGAUCGUCCAGCAGGUUACGGCGUGAAAUGAUGAAUGUUUGAAUUCCUGUCCUGGUGGGAGUCCAAGCAUAUGGAGAUGCUUUAAAGAAUGUACCUGUCUCGGGCAAAUUCUUUUCUGUGCUUGUUCGUUUUUUUUGUUUUUUUUUUUAUUAACUCUGUUCAGACACUGGGGUAUGUGUGCACAUGUACCUGUUGGUUUUUGUUCUUUUGAUUUAUUAUUUUUUAAUACUAGUACACUAUUAGAGAUGUGUAGCACUACGACGAAUCCUUGUUGAAGUCAGAAGUGUGUGCCAGUGCCAGUUAGAAAAUCAGCCUUAAUUCUACGACCAAGAGACUUGCUAUACGUAGCUUCCCUUACAUAAAAUAAAACGUAACACUUAAAUGAUGGGCAGCGUUCAUAAGGCUACAUUGUAAACCUACAUGGUUAGUAGAACUCAAAAUAUCUUAAUAAUUUAAUAUUUCUAAGUCUAUAAAAUCAAAAGUCAGAAGUUUGUAAUACAUGAGAGAUGUGCAUACCUGGCAUUGCCGAUACAUAAACAUUAAUAAAAAUGCAGAAAUUAGUCCACAUAGAUUAGCAUUACAGAGAAAUAAACUAUUUAUUUCUGUAGGCAUUUUCAUUCAGUAAAAUGAAUCUAAUACUGACUAUCACAGUAGCCCAGCAGCACCUAAACAUUCUGCUUUUCCAGAGUACAGCACAUUUUAAAUAUCGGUAAAAUCGAAACAUCUGUCAAACAGUCAUAUGCAAAUUCUGUGUUGUCCUUCACAGAGAACACACAUCUGCACAUUUUAAUGCAGUCUUACUGUUUAUUUGCUAAAUUUAACAUAUUGCUUAAAAGAAAAAAAUAAAAUGUGGCACAAUUAUAGCAGCUUUUAUAUUUUGUUUUAUUUUUUCAAAUACACUAAACUCAAUUGAAAAACUCAGUUUCAAAUAUAUUAAAAUAAAUUGAAAUUGUACAUUAAAAUUAGCAGGAAAAUGUCAUAAUUACGCUUAACUUGAAUAUAGUGUUCAAGCUUUUGCACACGUCUCAAUCACAGUGUAAUUAAGUCAGUGUAAUUGAACCUUUAAAGUAAUUAUAACUCAAAAAUCACAUGAGUACUUAAAUAUUCUGUGGCUACUUAAAUCUGUUGAGUAGUACUAACUCUAACAGGACGUGACUGGAUGUUAGACUGCUUAAAACAUUUAAGCUACAUUCACAUUUAAAUAAAUGUUUAAACAAUGCGUUUUAGGAAAGGCAGGGGUUAUGUUUAGAGUUCUAUAUAGAACCGUUCCAUGCUUAAAUGGUACUUAGCGUGGUGAAAUGGUUCUUCAGAUUGAUGGAGAAUGUGAUGUAAAUGGUUCUCUGUAGAACCUUUUUCAAAACGGUUCUAUA